AUGGCUUUCUCGUACUUGCCUAAGAAAAGUGUCGAAAUACCAUUGAAAGACAGUGCAGAAAAUGAUGUGCAACGAUGUGUACAAGAUUUUUGCGUAGAAGUGUGGAAUAAUACACAGUCUUGGGAAGAAGUAAAUGGAACAGCUUACAGUUUGCUGGAAAAAAUCAUUAAUAGUCGAUUAUAUGUGAUGUAUUAUAAAUCAGCCGGUAAUGUUUCGAAAAGAGGUAUUGCUGAGAGUGAACAUACUCAGUCUGAUUUAAGUGCUAUAUUAUUAUCUAAGAAACGUGUUAGUAAUAUUGCUGAAAACGACAGUUCUGUGCAAAAUAAGUUGGAAACUAAUGAAGUCAGCAAAUUGAUGGAGAACAUUGUCGGUGAUGUUGAAGAGUUGGUAACAUUGGUAAAUAGUCAGAUGGCUCGAAUAGUGGAUAAUUUGCAAAGGUCGCGUGAACGUUUUGCAGGUUUAAAAAAAUUGGAGAGAAUGAAGGAACUAAAAGAAAAUCAAACUUACAAACGAAGCUUUAAAUUAAAAGAGAUGAAUGAGAUUUUACCGCUUAUUGUAAAGAUGUAUCAAGAAGAGUUGAAAGCAAAGCGUGCUGCGCUUGAUGAUUUAGCAAAUUUCAAUAACAGGAAAGUAUUUAUGGCAAUUAUGGCUUCAUGGUCCCAUCAAGGUUUCAUAGAUCGUUCUUUGUUGAGUCGAUUGUAUUCACUUGUUGAAAUAAUCGAGUUGGAUUUUAAAAAUUUGCCAGAGGAUGGUGAAGAAGUUCUUACAAUUUUACGUGGCGAGCACGCUGCACUUAAUUUUUGGGUCGAUAUAGCGCUAGCUUAUUAUCGUCGUGGAAAUGAAGCGGAUUUCGUCCGUAUUUUGGAAAUGAGUGGUUCGGAGGCGAGUCUUGAUUACCCAGAAUACCACCAAGACCAAAUGCGAGCUCUUGAUACACUUGCUGCUUAUUACGUCGUGCAGAGUCACAAAGAACGUAAUAAGGAAAAGAAAAAAGAAUGGCAAACUAAAGCAACACUGCUGUAUACUACAGCAGAUAAGAUUAUCAUGUACGAUACAUAUCAUCUUCUGGGAAGAGCUUAUUUUUGUUUACUAGAAGGCAAAAUUGAUCAAGCAGAGCAACAGUUCAAUUUCGUGCUUAAUCAGGUUGGUGAAAACAUACCAGCAACAUUAGGUAAAGCAUGUAUAUUUUUUCAACGAAAAGAAUAUCGAAAAGCAUUGAAUUGUUAUAAAAGCAUAUUGCGAAAAAUGCCCAAUUGUCCAGCCGACGUUCGCUUAGGCAUGGGUUACUGUUUAGCGAAAUUAGGACGAUUGGACAAAGCAAGAUUAGCUUUUGAGCGGGUCUUAGAUUUGGAUAAUUCUAAUGUAUCAGCCCUCGUUGCAUUAGCAAUCUUAGAUAUGAAUACAUUAGAGCAAGAAGCAAUACGAAGAGGAGUAGAAUCACUGAGUAGGGCAUAUCAAUUAGAACAAGAAAAUCCAGUUGUGUUAAAUCAUCUUGCUAAUCACUUUUUUUAUAAAAAGGAAUUGGAUAGAGUGGAGCAUUUAGCUUGGCAUGCAUUUCAAAUGACGGAUAAUGAGGCCAUGAGAGCCGAAAGUUGUUUUCAGUUAGCGCGGAGUUUUCAUCAAAGAGGAAAUUUUGAAAAAGCUUUUCAACACUACUAUCAGUCGACUCAGUUUGCCUCAUCGAAUUUUGUCUUGCCGUAUUUUGGACUCGGACAAAUGUAUAUUUAUCGUGAAGAUUAUGAUAAUGCAGUGCAGUGUUUCGAAAAAGUUUUGAAAAGUUGUCCAGCAAAUUACGACACGUUGAAGAUCUUAGGAUCAUUGUAUGCACAUUAUGAGCUAGGAAAUCAAAAAGAACGUGAUGAGCGACGAAAAAAAGCUAGAGAAAUUUUGAAAAAAGUUGUUGAAAUGUGUCCCGAUGAUGUGGAAGCAUUGAUCGACAUUGCUCAGUUGACGGAAAACUGUGAUCCGCAAGGUUCCUUGGCUGCGUACAUCAAAGCGUCUAAUUUUCUGAAUCGGAUGAUUGAAGUAGAUGUUCCACCGGAAAUAACAAAUAAUAUUGGAUCACUAUAUUUUGUAAUGGGACAGUAUGAAAAAGCUAAAGAUCAUUUUGAAACAGCACUAAAAGAGCUUAAUGAAAUUGUUUCUUCGGGACAAACAGAAUUGGCCGCAUUGCAAACUACGGUUACUUAUAAUUUAGCACGGUGCUUGGAAAUGCUUUGUAUGUUUGAUGAAGCUGAGAAUUUAUAUAAAGGAAUUCUACAGGAAAAGCCCAGUUAUAUUGAUUGUUACAUGCGAUUAGGAUGUCUAGCUCGAGAUAAAGGCCAAAUUUAUGAGUCUUCUGUUUGGUUUAAGGAAGGAAUGAGUGUAAACCAGUCACAUGCAGAUGCAUGGUCUUUAAUUGGAAAUCUGCAUAUGUCAAAAUAUGAAUGGGCUCCAGCACAAAAAAAAUUCGAAUACAUUCUGAAACUCCAGGAAUAUCAUGAUGACCCUUAUAGCUUUGUUGCGCUUGGGAAUAUUUGGUUGGAAACAUUGUCAUCCAUCCAUCGAAAAAAGGAAAAGGAUAAAGAUUACCGUGAGAGAGCUCUGAUGAUGUAUAGUAAAGCGCUAAAAGUACAUCCAAAAAACAUAUGGGCAGCUAAUGGAAUCGGGUGCAUUUUGGCACAAAAAGGAGCAAUACAAGAAGCUCGAGAUAUCUUUGCCCAGGUUCGAGAAGCAACAGCAGAUUUUUCGGAUGUUUGGGUCAAUAUAGCACAUGUUUAUAUGGAACAGAAGCAAUAUGUUGCUGCAAUUCAAAUGUAUGACAACUGUAUGAAAAAAUUCAAUCGUCACAAUGAUGUCUCUCUUUUGUUAUAUUUGGCAAGAGCACAUUACAAAGCUGGGAAAUUGAUUGAAUGUAGGCAGAUUCUUGAAAAGGUCAUGCUUAUUUCACUUUAA